UUUUAUUAUUAGGUGCUGCACUCCAUGGCGCCAUGGAGUGCUAGGCGAUCAUGCCGUUGGCGCUGGCGAAGGAGAAGACGCGCAUCGUGCUGGCCGGUGACCACAUGCAAAUGUCCCCGGAGCUGUUAUCGAACUAUGCCAAGGAGCGCAAGUUGGACAUUUCGCUGCUGGAGCGCCUGUACGAUCACUAUCCGAACGAUUUCCCGUGCAAGAUCUUGCUGUGCGAAAACUACCGAGCGCACGAAGCGAUCAUCAAGUUUACGUCGGAGCUGUUCUACGAGCAGAAGCUGAUCACGUCCGGCAAGCAGCUGAAACACGAAAGCAGAUUCGUCCCCAGAUGGCACAGCACCUGAAGGCCAGGGCCGACCGUUGAUUCCACCGCCGAUGAGGAGUCCGGUCCAGCAG